UACGUACGGCUUGAUCCCCUAUAAAUAUAGGGGUACGUAGGCACAUUGGGGGAUCAUGAGUUGAGAGCACGUGAGACCAACUCAAAACCCUAAUCUCAGCCACCCCCUAAAACAAACAACCACCACUCUCCGGCGACCAAAACCACCGUCACGGAUCUUGAUUCCGGCCAUGAACCUCAUCUUUGUUGAUUACCAAAUUCCUCUAUCAACACUUAUAAAUACUGAGCUCGGAGGUUCAUUAAUAAUAUGUUCCUCGCUCUCUGCUCAUCUCCUCGGCAACUUCCCAAUUUCCCAGUAUAAAAGAGGCUUGGAGACUAUGGGUGACAAAGAUACUCCUAUUAAAAAGGAGUUCGAUGUGGAAGAAGCGUCAAGAAGAUUGUACCAAAAAUUGAUUGAUGACCUUCGAAGCCUCCUGGCAGGAGAUAGAACGGUACGAGAUCGUCCUGUUCUCCCCAGUGCAGCAGAAAUCCCCAGAGAUCAUCCAAGAUUUGAAGUUGUUAUUCGAACUAACAGCAAUGAAGUCACAUUUCUUUUCAGAAGGCAGGAUCUUUACUUGGAAGCCUACCAAAGAGGGGGUUCCAAUAUUUGGUAUGAGUUCAAGGAAAAGAAUCAGGUAGUGCAUGCCGUCAAAGAUUCUACGUUUUUAGACUUCAGUGGGAGCUAUAGUGGCAGUCAUGGCCUAGAAGAGAAUGCUGCAUAUAGAGAUAGCUCUGGUAAGCCUAAAAAGGGAACGGGCGACAGGGAUCGUAUACCACUAGGCCGAUAUGCUCUUCGUGAUGCAGUAAACGCUCUUGCUACUUCCGAUGUUCAGAAUGUAAUUGCCAGAGCGCUAAUCGUUAUAAUUGAGAUGAUUUCAGAAUCUCUGAGAUUUGAAGACAUUGAGUUCUUUAUCCUUGCAAACUGGUAUACUGGGGCUAUACCUACUUCUGAGUUAGUGGUACUAGAGAACAACUGGGGUGACUUUUCCAAUGGUCUGUUACGUUCUUAUGCCCAUCCAGAUCUCUCCAUUUUUCCAAUUCGUCUGGUUUAUGAUGGGGAACAACAUAUCUUUACCUUUGAGAUGGUUGUCGCGCUGAUUGCCUUGCUUGCGCAUAAUGUUAAUGGCAUUCCAAAGCCACGCUCUACUCGUAGUGUAAAUGAUGACAUUGAUGAGUAUGCAGGGCGAGCACUACUGGAGGUGUUCGAGGUGAUAGUUAAUGACAUCGACGGUGAGUCACCGGGAGACCUAUAUGGCAAAAUUACAGUCACUGAUGGGCUGCUUUCUCAGUACAUAUACAAUCAGGACAGGGAUCAUUCAGAAUCAGUUUAUCCAAACGAGAAAGCAACCUUGACAGGCCCUACUCAAUCAUGUGUCUCGGCAUUGGACAAUAUCAUCAUAGAUGUGGAUCUCAUGGAUAAGGACCAAGACCUUUCGCCGGAUGAUCAAGUCAGCAAGGGCGAGAUUUCUUGGAGCGUCUAUGACAUCCAUACAAACGCUUACAACAAACCCCUGGUCGAGACUAUAUAUGGAACAUAUGGAUCUGUCAGCGUUGUAUACGCCGUCUUCAGUGAUGCGGUGCAAGCAUUUGUGGAAGUGACUAUGAUAAAUGGUGACGACGAAGACCCGGCUGAUGUUUAUGGAGGCAUUUUCGCUAGCAAUAGCCAUCCUAACUUCCAAGGCAAAGAAAGUGUUCUUUUCCACAGGGAACGUAACGAUGUCGUUGAAGUAAAAGAAGGUGCCAAGAUCCCCCUCUCCAGAUCCAUUGUAGCUGUACCAUUGGACUCUCAACUUGUGAUUAGGGCAGACCUGGUUGACCGCGACACAACUAUAUUUAACCCUGAUGAUGAGAUUGCAAAGGGGACCAGGAGUUUUCCUGCAAAGCUGUCCGGCGAUGUGUAUGGUUAUAUAAAUGGUCAGUAUGGGCAGAUCAAAAUCAAAGUCACUUGGAAUCCAUGAUUUUAUUUUAUACACGUAUGAGUGUGCCUGCCCAGUGUGUUUGUGCUGUGUCGCGUGUGUGAUUAAAUAAAAUGUAAUAAGUGUGGUCUUGUUCUCGUACAUACAGGGAACAUGAAUGUAAAAUAUAUAUGUUUGUGUUUGUGGUGUGUCGCGUGUGUAUGAUUAAAUAAACCGGUGUUUGCAUUCCCAGAUAUGGGAGUGAUAUCCUAAAUGUAAUGGACGUUCGGGGAAACCUGCACGUCCCCUGCUUUAUCUCAAUGGUUCAGUUUUAUUCGUUCUGUUUUA